UCUGGCUUGGUUUGUAAAAUACAGAAAUUCAAGUCAAGACUACAGAAGAGGUUUGAAGAGGCUCGGAGUUGUAAUUCGGGUUUAAGAUUUUUUUAGAAAUUGGUCCAGUACUUUUUGAUACCAUUCUUUAAUACUAAAUACUAAUUUCGCGCUGUCAAGAGGAAAUAGGGCUCAAAUGAAAUGGACUUUUGGAAACUUCAAAUUCCCACAGUACUACUAUUUGGUCUGAUGACCUUGGGAGCUGCCCAAGUGGAGGUGGAUCGGUUCGUGAGCAGCAAUACGGGUCAAGAGGUCACCCUGAGAUGUGCGUACAUGGGGUCGGAACGGCCCUCCAGAAUAACGUGGCAGAAAGUAAACGGAGGCUCGCCAGUGACAAUCGCGGUGGCCAUUCCUGCAGGUUACGCGGUUGGCUUCGAUCCUGACCUCUCGAGCCGGUUGCGCUUCACGAAUCUCGACUCAGAACUGAGAAACGCAUCCAUCCGCAUCGAAGACCUGCGUCUAGAGGACGCUGCAAACUUUGUCUGCAACUUUGGCACUCUUGAUAAUGGAGGCCACUCUUCGGCAAAAGUCCGCCUCUCUGUGAAUGUUCCCCCGAACGCCUCUCUGGAGUCGAACCCAUCCCAGCUGGUCGAGGGCAGGGCGGAGGUGACCGUGGCCACGUGCGUCGCUCUGGGAGGACAACCCGCAGCCUCCGUCACCUGGAGCGGCCUCGAUCAUCAUCAGGGCAGCUCCUACGAGACCACAGAGAUGGAGCCCGAUGGCACGGUGACAGUGAGGAGCGAGUACCGGAUGGAGCCCACGCGCGACAGCCACGGGCGGACGCUCACCUGCAAGGUGGAGCACCCGGCCCUGGAGAUCCCGGUUGUUAAGUCCACCAUCCUCGAUGUCCACUAUAAACCGAGAGUGACUGUCGUAGAAUACGACGGCGAUCGGGAUCUGGGGAGACGAGGAACUCUGCUCACCUGCCGAGUGGACGCCAACCCUCAUGCGACGCACUACUUGUGGAGCAGGGACGGCGCUUCAAUCUCCAGUGGCGCCCUUGAGAAGGGGAGCUCUCUUAGCUUCCGAAGCCCGCUGGUCGAGUCGGGCUCUGCGUCAUUCUCCUGCCGCGUCAAUAAUUCGGUGGGCUGGGGCGAGGCGGCAAUUAAAGUAAUGAUCAGGUCACGUAGAGGUGCCAGUUUUUCAAUGUCUAGAAGCAUCUCUACUACCAGUGCUGCGUUCACUACAGCCAUCUCUUCCACCGGUUCUGCCUUAACUUCGACCAGCCCUACCGCCAGUUCUGACUCAACUACAAGCCGUUCUACUAUCACUCCUGCCUCAACUACAACCAGCCGUACCACCAGACCUGCCUUAACUACAGUCAGCCCUUACAUCGGUGGCGUUGAGACCUGGGUUGUAGCCGUUGCCAUCGUAGUGCCGCUGACGGCAUUGGUGGCAGCGGUGGGUCCCGUUUACUACUUCUGCUUCCACAACAGGAGAAAGAGCAAAGGUGAAAAUUGCCAGCAGAAUACUGCGGAUGAAACCGAGCAGCAGCAACAUCAGCAGCAGGACGACCAUCAUCAGUACGAAUACAUUGACGGGAAAUUCCCAUCCCACAAUCUGGAGUUACAACAGCCGCCCUCUGGCCGUGCCGAAUUCUACAAUGUGCAUGCAGAAAUCACUUCCAAAUGGAACCACAGAAAAAAUCUGGAUGAGAAAAACCUGAAUUCUACUGAAUCGAACCCACAAAACCAAUAUGGCGUUCACUACCAGGUAAGCCUCACGCUCAAUUGGCAACGCUAAGUAAGGAUGCCUUCGCUGAAUAUGAUUUCGUUCGUUCGUGUCUCAAUCCGUUUGUCCUGGUGAGGGUCCCGGAGGCAGCGUGUUAAGUAAGGUUGGUAAAGACCUCCCUUUCCCUCGUGACAGACUCUAGCACUACAUUACUAUACACUACACUAUACAAUACUAUAUCCUACACUACUAUACAUUACUAUACACUACUGCACUAUACACUAUACAUUACUAUACACUACUACACUAUACACUAACAUACACUAUUACACUACUAUACAUUACAAAACACUACUAUACUAUACACUAAUAUACACUACUAUACACAGCAUUUAGCUCUUCCUGGAGAAUUUCCAGGUGUUCCCAGGCCAGCCGAGCGACAUAAUCUCGCCAGAGGUUUCCUGGGCCGUCCUCGGGGUCUUCGCCCAGUGAAUACACUAUGUAACACGAUUUUUGUCCCUGGGUAGUAAGUGUUAUUUUUUACUGCUUAUGCCUAAAAAGUAUAGAAAAUGGCUAUUAUUCCCCACAAACUUUGCUUUUGUGUAGAAUAAUAGCCAUGGUUCAGGACAAACCAAUGCAGAAGAGUAGUACCGUGCCACGCACAUUUGAGCUGGGAGAAAAUGGGACUUGAUUUAAGUACGAAAUUGUACAUUAUACCUGUAGCGAUGAACUCAAAUGAAUCAACAAAAAUGAAAGUUUCUUUGCUUUUCAUUUCACAGCCUCUGAAGCCGUCUACAGGGAAAACGUACGAUGAAUUAAACCAUCCCACAUACGAGAAUGUAUGAGAUUAAGCACUUUCAACACAUUGCACUAAACGACACGGUUAAAACCAAUGUACACGGGUUUAAUUAGAAGUUAAAUUUAUUCGGGAAUUGUGACGCGCACACGUAAUAAGCACUUUGGAGGUGGAGUUAGUGGAUACGAUAGGAUCGUGUUCGGUGAUCGUUCUAUCUUUAAGUCGUCCAAAGUGAGGUGCGGGGGAAGGACAAUAAAAUAAAAACACGAAAA